AUGGAGUUCUUGUCUGUCGCCGGUAUAGGUUCUGCGUGGGAAUCCCCCCAUUUCCAUUCGCAGAAUGCAGAACAUGUAUUCAACGACUAUCAUGUUGUUGCCCAGGAACCCCGUGCCGGCCUCCCCUGGAUUGGCCAUCUAUCGGGGUUCGCCAAGACUGGAUAUCUGCAGAUAACUGCAACUGUGCUUUCUGCUCUCUUGGUCCUCAGGCACUUGGUGCGGCGCUCCUACUCCAAGGUCACGCGACCUGAAGGCAAUGCCUCGACCUUUACCCUGCCGCUCGAGCUCGCCUCGCAAGUCUUGCGCGCCGCAGCCUUGGCCUUUAUGAUCGUGGCUGCCGUGCGUCACGGCGACAAGUGGGCCAACGUCGUCGUCUUGGGUUAUGUCUUUUUGCUCGGAUUACUGCGGCUGGUGAAUGACAUGGAGUGGAGACAUGUUGCUCUGCAUCAAGUCAACUUCACCAUCUUCUGCGCCUGGCUCGUCAUUCUUGCCGGCGAAUUGCUCCCGACGAUUUCGGUCGAGUGGCACGACUCGAUUGAUCCCAUGCUGAUUGCCAGCAUUGCUUCAUUGACGGCGGCUGUCCUGGUUGCCUUUGUCACUCGCCGCGAGUGGGUGCCGCCUUCUCUCGACCUGGAUCUGCCCGAGAAUGUGUGUUCCGAGCCGUCGCCAGAGGAAACCUGCAGUUGGCUGGAGUACUACGUAACGUACGAGUGGCUAACUCCCCUGAUGUGGCGCGGCAUCCGCAGCCAGAUGACGAUUGAGGAGUUGCCUCAGCUGCCCUGGUAUGACGAACCUUUGGUAUUGCUAAGGAGGGUCCAAGAAGCUCGGAAAAAGAAUCAAUCGACCGCCUGGACUCUUCUCAGGUUUCUGCCUCAUGAGUUGAUCACCAUGGCCGUUUGGGCAGCGACUUGUUUCGUGGUUGAACUAGUAGCCCCAUUCGCCUUGUAUAAUCUACUGGGGUACAUCAAUGCGCCUGAAAAGGCCAUGCUUCGGCCCUGGGUGUGGCUCAUUCUGUUGUUCUUUGGGCCUCUGUCUCGAUCCGUUGCUUUUCAGCAGUACAUCUUCACAUCGACUCGCCUGAUUGUCCGUGUCAAAGCUGCUCUCACUCAGGAGUUGUACUACAAGGCCAUGAACUCGAUGGAACUCGACGACGAGUCCUUUCAGGAUAUAUCGUCGGCGGAUAAACCAAAGGAAGGCGAGAAGAAGCAAGAGACUGUGACUUCUACCGGCAGACUGGCUAAUCUGAUGAGCUCCGACAUCGAUGCCAUUACCAAUGGUCGAGACCUGAUACUUGUUGGUGCAGGUCUACCAACUGGCACAAUUGUUGGCUUCAUUGGCUUGUACAGCAUGCUCAAUUGGCCAGCGGCUGUAGGUGUCGGGCUCAUGCUGACCAUGUCACCCAUUGGCGUGUACAUUGCCCAAAGGAUGGUACACCUACAACGUGAUAUCAGAAAGAUCCAGGAUUCCCGCAUCUCGGUGAUUUCGGAAUACCUGUCAUCAAUCAGAGCCAUCAAAUACUUUGCGUGGGAAAAUGCCAUCAUCAACAAAGUCAAGGCCAUUCGGUUGAAUGAGCAACGGAAAAUUUGGCGUAUCAAUGUCCUAUUUAUGCUUCUCAGUCAAUUUACGGAAGCCAUUCCCAUCAUUGCCCUGUUAAUCAUCUUUAGUCUUCAUGUGGCGGUGCGUAAACAGCCGCUUACGGCAGACGUUGCAUUCACUUCCAUCACUCUUAUCAGGACCAUUCGACGCAACCUCGCCAUGAUGACUGGCAUGUCCAGAGGUAUCACUUCAGCUGGCGUUUCCGUCAAGCGUUUGGAUCGUUACUUUAGCAACGUGGUGCCUCUGACCCGCCAUCCUCUCGGACCCCUGCGCAUGGAAAAUGCCACGAUCAGGCGCCACAAGAAGGCCACAUUCACGCUCAAGGAUAUAUCCAUUGAUUUUGUCGAGGGCGGCCUGAAUGUCCUUGCUGGACCGAGCGGCUCAGGCAAGUCGACGAUGCUCCUUGCGAUUCUAGGCGAGACCCUGCUUGAAAAGGGAGUCAUCACCUGUCCCAAGGAUAUUGCGUACGCAUCUCAAAGCGCUUGGCUUCAAAACGAGACAAUCAAGGAGAACAUUGUGUUCAACAGCGAGUUCGAGCAAGUACGAUAUGAUCGUGUCAUUAAUGCUUGCGGUCUGCCUAUUGACUUUAAUGAAUUUCCGGAUCGAGACGAAACAGAGGUUGGUGAGAAUGGUGCAACUCUUUCAGGUGGCCAAAAGUCACGUAUAGCGCUAGCCCGAGCACUCUACUCCAAGGCUCCCAUACUCCUGCUCGACGAUAUUUUCUCAGCACUCGACGCCAAGACUGCAUCCGUGGUUUGGGAAGACUGCUUUUGUGGCGACUUGCUCAGGGACCGGACUAUUGUUCUUGUUACCCAGCUUCCCUGGAUCACACCACAGGCAGAUCUAGCUGUUAAACUCGAGAAUGGCCUGGUCAAGGAAAUCGAACGGCAUCCAGACAUUGUCCGAAAGCCCGUGACACUCGGCAUGGAAUUGGUCGAUGAAGGUGAUGUUGAUACCACGGUCGAGGUUGCAGCCACACAAGAAGCAUCAAAUGGUAAUACCAAUGGCAACAAAUCCAACGGAAAAUCCAAUGGUGGAACGAAUGGGACUAUGAAGACAUCCGAGGCCAAGCGCCGCGAUGAAGUUACGCAAGAGGCCCUGAAGACGGGGCCGACUGCACGACUGCAGUUCUUCAAAUACAUGGCCUAUUUUGGAAAUCCUCUACUUGCUGUUGGUGCGGCCCUCAUGACCAUUCUCAGCACGGCAUCCGCUGUUGGUACUGGACUGUGGAUUGCUGUCUGGGUCGAUGCCUAUGGAAGGGGCGAAGCCAGCGACAUUGCCUUUUAUCUCGGCAUCUACGGAGCUUGGAGUUUUGCUGAACUAUUAAUUAGUGCCAUGACCUUUGUCUUCUAUGAAAGUGGUGGUUGGUAUGCCGCCAGAACCUUGCAUAACAUCUUCAUCGAAUCGGUCAUGUCAGUACCGCUGUCAUGGUACAAGACCACACCCAUUGGCAGAGUUGUGAACCGGUUUUCUCGCGACAUGAGCUCUCUCGACAACUCCCUGGUAACAUACCUGCGGUUCUGCUUUGACGCAUUUACCCGCCUCGUAUUCCAGGUUGGCGCCGUCGGCUCCGUCAUGCCUAUUUUCAUGCUCCCCGCUGCAGUAUGUUGUCUUGUUGGCGUAAUUGCCGGCGAAAUGUACACAAGAACGGCCGUGGCAGUCAAGAGAAUCGUAUCAUCGUCACAGUCUCCUCUCUUCUCACAAUUUGCCGACAGUCUGGCGGGAAUUGCCAUCAUUCGCGCUAGGGCGGGCAUGCCAAAGACUUUUGGCGACCAGCUCGCCGAGAAGCUACGCAUCUAUGAGAGGGCGUCGGAAUCUCAGUACAACUGUAACCGUUGGGUGGCAUUAAAGGUCGACAUGGCAACUACUCUCGUCACGGUAGCUGCCGGUGCUAUCGCCGUGUCAAAGGUUGGUACUGUCGCAGCAGGAUUGGUUGGAUUCUCUCUUACAAACGCCACGACGUUGAGCCAAGUCAUCAUUAUGCUUGUGCGGUGCAUGAACGAGCUUGAGGUUGAAAUGCAGAGUUUCCACCGCAUUCGCGAAUAUGCUCUGGUCGAACCUGAAGAAAAACCUGAUGAAUACAAGGAGUCCACGGCAUAUACUGACGAUGAGACAUUGGAAAUGCCUGCGGAUUGGCCGAGAAGCGGCGAGGUUGAGUUCCGAGACGUCACAAUCAGAUACGACCCUGACGGCCCAGAUAUCCUGAAGAAUAUCAACCUCAAAUUUGCUGCUGGCGAACGAGUUGCGGUAGUCGGAAGAACAGGAUCGGGUAAAUCUACUCUUGUAUUGUCAUUGCUACGGUUCUCCAACAUUGUUUCCGGAAAAAUCCUCUUUGACGGCGUCGACAUAACCAGUUUCUCACGCAAGCGCUUGCGCGAGGCAUUGACCAUUAUUCCUCAAGAAGCCGUUCUAUUUAGCGGGGAUGUGGCAUCCAACCUUGAUCCCACCGGUGAAGUGCCAAAGGAUGUGGUGACUAGAGCCCUGCAAUAUUGCAGUGGUAUCGCAUCUUUCGAAUACCAGGACGAGGAUGCCGCUGAGGACGACACUGGGGACAAUACCCAGGACACAAGCGGAGGCCAUGCCGACACGCAGAAGAUCAACCUCUCCACUUCGGUCAAGUCCAAAGGCGAAAACUUUUCCCAUGGCCAGCGUCAGGUCCUGUCCCUGUGCCGAGCCUUGGUGCGCAAGAGUAAGCUCAUGCUCCUCGAUGAGGCGACGGCGAGCAUGGAUUACGAGACCGAUCAGGGCAUCCAGCAGGUGCUGCGCAAGGAGCUCAACGAACACGGCCGAGAUCGAACCCUGGUUACCAUUGCCCACCGGCUCAAGACCAUUAUUGACUAUGACAAGGUCGUGGUCUUGAGUGCCGGCAGCGUGAUUGAGACUGGUUCGCCCAGAGAGCUCUAUGAUGCCAAGGGACAAUUCUAUGACAUGAUGAAGCACAGUGGCGAGUUUGAGGAUUUGGAAAAGUCCUUGAACGCUAAAGAGUGA